UGGCGCUCGCAUCGUUUUCGCUCGCUUCGCUCUGAACCAAUCUGAAACCGAUCCGAAAGGAACUGACUGCAGCAACCGACGAGAGUGUAGUGUGUUUUAAUUUCUAUCCGUCAGAGUCAGUUGUGUUUUGCAUUCCUAACGCUGCGGCUGUCGAUCGGUUGGCAAAGAAUUUUGGAAUUUUUAUACAGAAUCCAUAAAGAAAGUGCAGUGAAACCCAACAAAUAAAAUUUGGUUUUAAACCAAAGAACAAACAGCAAAAAUUCAAUAAAUAAAUCAAGUGAAAAUUAAAUGCUUUUGAUUACGGAGAACAGCUGUUGGCAAUAAAUUUGCAUAGUUUCAAACGAUAAAUAAAGGUGCCGCAUUCCGUCGCAUUCUGUGUGAAUUCCAGUUGCAUUUGCAGUCACUCGGCUCUCCCCCCUCGCCGUUCUGCUGUGGAUAGUUUUCCCCGUUUAUUAAUUAUUAAUGCAACAUAUUUGAUGCAUCGUCCACGCUGCUGCUGUCCUUGGCAGCCCCUUGAUGCCCCACCAUGCUGCAACGUAUGCACUGAGUGAGAGCCAGAAAUCAUCACAAUAGACCGACAACAACAGCAACAAAAACAACAAAAUUGCAACAACAUCUGAGGCUACAACAACUGGGAACCAUGUCAAGUGGAAACAAUGAAACAGCGCCGCUCUACUGCGGCAGCGGCAUGGAUAAUUUCCACACAAGCUACAAGAACAUGCAUGGCUAUGUCUCCCUGGUGGUCUGCAUCUUGGGAACGAUAGCAAACACUCUCAACAUAAUUGUGCUCACCCGCAAGGAGAUGCGCUCCCCGACGAAUGCGAUACUCACGGGCCUGGCGGUGGCCGAUCUCGCCGUGAUGCUCGAGUACAUACCCUAUACGAUCCAUGACUUUAUCCUGACAGACAGCCUGCCACGGGAACAGAAGCUGAGCUAUGGCUGGGCCUGCUUCAUCAAUUUCCAUUCAAUAUUUGCCCAGGUCCUGCACACCAUAUCCAUUUGGCUGACAGUCACGCUGGCCGUGUGGCGCUACAUAGCGGUGGGCUAUCCCCAAAAGAAUCGCGUGUGGUGCGGCAUGCGGACCACCAUCAUCACGAUCUUCACGGCAUAUGUGGUGUGUGUUUUGGUUGUCUCCCCGUCGCUGUAUCUCAUUACGGCCAUCACCGAAUGGAUGGAUCAAUUGGAUUCGAUGGGAAAGGUCGUCAAUUCGAUACCCUUGACGCAGUAUGUGAUCGACUAUCGGAAUGAAUUGAUGAGCGUUAAAGUGGCAGCAUUAAAUGCAACUCCACAGAGCCUAAAUCUCACUGAAACUUUGUGGUUUAAUGCCACAGCAGCGCCUACUAACUCUACGCCUGCUCCUGUGGCACCUCCUGCCUCUUUGGUGGUGCGAAAUGUCACCGUCUAUCGGUUGUACCACAGCGAUCUGGCACUGCACAAUGCCUCCCUGCAGAAUGCCACCUUCUUGAUUUACAGCGUGGUCAUCAAACUGAUACCCUGCAUUGCUCUGACAAUUCUCUCAGUGCGCUUGAUUAUGGCCCUGCUGGAGGCCAAGCAGCGUAGGAAGAAGCUCACCAGCAAACCGCCCACACCCGCUGUGGCCUCGACUACCAAUGGAAAUGGCAGUGGAAAACCUCUGGUGAAUGGAAAAUCCGCUGAGCGACCCCGAAAGAAUAGCAAACUGCUGGAGAAGGAGAAGCAAACGGAUCGCACCACUCGCAUGCUGCUGGCGGUGCUGUUGCUCUUUUUGAUUACCGAAUUUCCACAGGGCAUCAUGGGUCUGAUGAAUGCGCUACUGGGCGAUGCCUUUUUUCUGCAGUGCUACCUGAGAUUAAGUGAUUUAAUGGACAUUUUGGCCCUAAUAAACUCCAGCAUCAACUUCAUUCUGUAUUGCUCGAUGAGCAAACAGUUCCGUACGACAUUCACCCUGCUUUUCCGACCGAAGUUCCUCGACAAUUGGCUGCCAGUGGCCCAGGAUGAGGUGGCCGCCUCUCGAGCAGAACGCUCGGCAGUGGCUCCGGCGUUACAGCAGCGGCAAAUUGUGACUGCAGGUGUCACCACCACGACGAGCACCACUCAAGUGACGAAUCUGUAGCAUAGAAAUCCCAGCAGAAUGUUGGGCCGUCUGUUGAGUCUCCUCAAACGAAGGAGAGACGCUGCCGAAGGUGGAUUCCGUGCAGACAGAGGAGCGGUAGCAGAAAGUGGAUUGGAGACAGAUCCCAUGGCACUGCAGUUCCAUGCAAUUGUCGUUGUGGUGGACAAGGCCAGUGGUGCCACGGAUCAUCGUUUAUGCACCACAGAGGAGGCUCCAACAAUGGCGUAGUGCAGAGGCCCACAAGUCGUGAGGCCACCCAGCUGUGAGGUACAACUAGAUAAAGUCUAAAGAAUGGUUUUUCCUAGUUAAUUGUCUAAACUAGAUAAGAUUUCUCUCUAGUUUCCGUCUAAAAUAAACCCAUUUAUUAGGCAGUAAGCUAAAGCAAAACACAAAGCAUUUGCAUACUUUUUUCGCGAGGUACAAGACCCUUGAAAGAUCAUAAAAACUGUAAUAAAAUUCAACUGAAAUCACUCCUACGCAUCGCUUGCUCCAUGAACAUCUAAAUUGGGAAAUUGCUCAGCUGCAUUUUCAUUCAGAGUUUUCCAUAGUUUUCCCACUCGAAUAUCCAUCAACAACUAAAAAAAAAAGUAUGCAACAUGCAAUACGCGUGUGCGCUACAGAACUACGAAUUUGUUGGCAACGAUUUCGAUGGAAUACCAAAUGAAGAGAUGAGAAUGUAAUAAAUGUCUGAUAUAUUUCAUAGAUACACAUACGGAUAUACGGAUUAAAUGUGUGUGAGUGUGUAAGUGUGUGUGUGUGUGUUGUAGCUUAUUCUAUGAGGGAAUUUUCAUGGUAAAAUUAUUGCUUGCGGACGGGGUUUAUAUUUUAAGAGUUCUUUAUUUGGAAGCAGAGGCUGUGAAACGUUAAAUAAAUAGGUUUCCUUUUACUCGUAUUAUAUUGGGAAAAUCCUGGCGGAAAAUAGGUUUUUCUUUUAUGCGAAAAUUGAUGC